AGUUCGUCCACCCUUGUCAAUGCCCGGGUCAAAAUUCACAGAUGUCAUCAUGCCUUUAUUUACCUGAUGUCUCCUCUCAAGUUUGUGAGCAUUGAAAAAUGUCGUCACUCUACCAUAGUCCUUGGCGUUGUGGAUACUGCAGUCCACUUGAGUGGUUGUGAAGAUACCAAAGUCAUAGCAGCAACGCGGAGAUGCAGUCUCAGUGGAUCAACCUUGUGCACGUUGCAUCUUCUGACUCCAACACGACCCCUGUUGCUGGGUGGGAAUGACUCAAUAACCCUUGCUCCGUAUCACACACACUACCCGAUGUUGCAGCAGCAUAUGGCUGCAAUUGGACUUGGCACCCACCCUAAUGUGUGGGAUCAACCGCUUUGUAUUGGGCCCGAUCAUCAAGAUGAUAGCUCUGUGUUUGAGUUAAUGAAACCUGAAGACUUCUUUACUUUUGUGAUUCCUUUUGAGAUGCCAGGAGAAACAAAGGAGAUACCAGGUGGUUUACCGUUGAAGUAUGAAAGAGCUUUGAAAGAGAGGAAUGGACAAAUACAGACCUGGCAGCAGAUGGUCAAAGAGGCAGGGUUAUCCCCAAGCAAGAGGAAACAGUUCCAAACACUGGUUGAAAGUAGAUUUCAGGCUUGGUUGGACGAAAGUGGACACAAGAGGGAACUAGAUAGCUUAGUGCCGACCCAUGCAUCGCUUUCAAAGUGAACACUUUUUGAUGUGGAAAAAAAAAGAUGGCUGAUGCAACAGCCAUGUUUCCAGUGGUGUACCAUCUCGCCGUGCUACUGUUUGUUCUUUCACAGAAUGGUCAUAACCCCUGGAUGUACAGGCCUAAUGGAUAUUUUAUUUAGUCCUGUGUGGUUGAUCCAUUCUGUGUUAGAGACUAUGCAGAGCACACUGUCAAAAGAUGCAUCAAGUCGUAAAGCAACUGGUCCCCAGUCAUUCUUCUUUGAUUUUGUGAUACGUCUAACUGUAUGCAGUUUAGGGUGACCAUACAAAAACAUGAUUAAUUCGAAAUGUAUUAUGUCAAUACAAAUGCAAUUUUUCACGUGCAUAAGUGCCCUACAAGCGCUCACAAUAUUUUGACAAGCUUGCUUGAGGAGCAGUCACUUUUGCAACAUUGCUUUUGAGUGCUUUCCUUCAAGGGGUUAGUGGCGAGAGAUACCAAAGUGGGAUGCUACCCAUGGUAGUGAGGCUGGUGAUGCAAGGACUUGAUGAUGUCUAAAGUUAUGUAACUUAAACUGAAAUUGCCAAAGUCUGUAGUAGACCAUACCUGUGAAUGUGUGGCCAAGAUAUUUCAUUCUGAAUGCUGGAUAAAUCUAAGGUCUUUAAAGUCACUGGACAGGUUUGGUAAUUGCUCAAAAUAAAUAUUACCAUAAAAACUUACUUGGUAACAAGUAAC